AGAAGAAGAAGUUGCGACACCGGAAGUUGUCGCAGCAGCCAUGAAGAUACCUCAGGUGACAGAAGACAGCUCUGCAAACUCGGAAAUAACAAUGGAUGAUGUCAAGAACCUCGUUAAGAAGAAAGAUGACAUAGAGGAGCAGAUACAAGCCUAUUACGACGUCUUAGAAGACCAAGGUGUCGGGGUUGAAGGUCCGCUGGUCGACGCGGAGGGCUUCCCCCGAGGAGAUGUCAACGUGUACCAGAUCCGGACAGCGAGACACAAUAUUUCAUGCCUACAGAAUGAUCACAAGGCCUUAAUGGCAGAGAUAGAAGAAGCCCUGCAUAAGCUGCAUGCUCGUGAGAAAGCCAAGCGGGAACAGGAUGAGGCAGAGGCCCACGUGGAGGCAAUGGAGCAGGAGGUCACCCUGCCGCCACCAUUCGCACAGGUGGAUGCUGUGACACAAGGCUCACCUGCCUGUGGAGCUGGGCUCAGAGUUGGCGACGAAGUCAUUGAGUUUGGUUCAGUGAACGCAGAGAACUUUCAGAACCUCCAGAACAUCGCUGCUGUGGUACAACACAGUGAAGGGAAACCAUUACGUGUCGCAGUCAUUCGGGAUGGCCACAAAGUUCAGAUGAGCCUGACUCCACAGCGAUGGUCUGGCAGAGGUCUAUUGGGAUGCAACAUUGUUCCUAUCCAUCGGUGAUCACCAUGAAAGUGCAUAAUGUUAAUUGUGAAAUCCUGUCCGCCACUUAAGUUACCCCUGGAUGGUUUCAAACUGAAUAUGUACAUACCAAACAAAUUUCCAUCUGUUUAAUUUUUCAUCUUAACCACAACUUGACAUUAUUUCCUUCAUACAAGGACAGCUUUCAGAGUGGGAAAUAGCCAAAUAAAGAAGUCUAACAAAAAGUG